AUGUCACAACAACUAGAAUUACUUUUAGAGGGUCAUGGACAAUGGACAUCUGCUUUAUACGUUAUCCCGGAAGUACAGAAAAAAGAAAUAAAACCCUUUACGAUUUUAACUCUGAAAGAACUUGAAGGUAAACCUGACAGUCGUACUUCCAGUUUGACUAACUCUAAGAAGUUUGCAGCCGUAAGGGCUGUCGUAAGGCAUGUGGCCAGAUCCAGGUCUGCUACUAAUGAACACUGGAAUGCGGAAGAUAUACGAACGUUUCUAGAAAAUCUUAGAUUCAGUCCGGAAUGUACAGAAGAGCUUACUACAUUGUUAUGCACAGACAAAAUAUAUGAGAAUAUACCAAAGCACUUGCGUGUGAAACCUGGCAUGGUCAGCAUGCAGUGGAAGAUUGAUAUUUCACUGUGCCAAAACAAUAUUCAAGCAGAAAACGCGAAUCCUGAGAGGUGCAAAGAAAUAAUGCAAAGAGACACUCAUAUCAUUCUAACGUUCCAACUGACGGACGGACAAACAAACACUUACAGAUUGUCCAUUGCUAAGUUUCACGAGUUGAGGUAUACAAUUGCGAGUGCGUUGAAAUCCGUGAUUGUGUUGGAGAAGAGGAAAUGUAUGAGGUGUGAUUGA